AAAGUGACGAAUACUAACCGGUGUUGUGUGACGAAUUAUAUUUAAAAAAAAAAAAAAAAAAACAAAAUGUUUAGGUGAUUGUGACGAAUUCUAGAUUUAAAAAAAAUGUUCAGGUGAUCAGAAUCUGACGGUUAUUGAACUAUGUGCAGUGUAGUUUUAGUUCGAAAUAGUGAAAAUGAGUGUCAACAUGUGGAAUUUAGUCGCUAUAUUCAAUGUUCUGGUCUGCGUAUCGGCUGCCGGUUUCCAGCAGCAGUACUUCAGGACGAUGCCGAAGAGUCUGAAGGUGCAUGAAGGCGCUGAAGCGGUGCUGGAGUGCGCUGUGGGCAACCUCGCUGGCCAGGUCCAGUGGGCUAAAGAUGGAUUUGCACUGGGCUUCUCAUCUGUGAUCCCGGGGUACCCUCGUUACACCAUGUUUGGUGACCGGCGCCAUGGGGUCUACAACCUUAGGAUAGUCAACGUGAGUCUGGAAGAUGACGCCGAGUACCAAUGUCAAGUUGGACCGGCGCAGAUGCAUAAGGUCAUCAGAGCGAACGCUACCCUCACUGUUAUAUCGCCACCAAAAGCAGUUGAGAUAACUGGACACGCUCCGAACUCCAAGAUGGAGGUGAAGAAGGAUGAGGAAGUCACCUUCGAGUGCCUGGUGAAGGAAGCCAAGCCGGCAGCCAAGAUUGUCUGGUACAAAGGCAAUGUGGAAUUGAAAGGAGAUAAAGUUGCACACGAGCGAGUGAAAGAGAUAGAAGGUCCAAAUGGAAAUCCCAAAUCGACCAGAUAUACAACAAUCUCAAGUGUUCGCUUCGUAGCGACUUCAGAUGACGAUUACGCCGACUUCACGUGCGAAGCGAGGCAUGACGCUUUACAGAGAGAUAACCCGAUGCGAAGCACAGUUCAGCUGAGCGUGUUAUAUCCCCCUGGGGCCCCGUACAUAGAAGGCUACGCAGACGGGGAGACGGUCAGGCGUGGACAGAGUCUCGAAUUGGUCUGCCGCAGCCGGGGCGGGAACCCACCAGCUCAGCUUAUAUGGUACAAGAAUGGAGAGCAGAUUAGAAUGGCAUACAGAACGAGCGGGCGUAUGUCAGAAAACGUCCUAUCCUUCAAAGCGGACGCCUCGGACAAUAAGGCCCGUUACACAUGCGAGGCCAAAAAUGUCAUGAUCAACUACACUCUGAAGGCUGAGAUCGACCUUACAGUAUUAUUCGCACCUUCCCACGUGACCAUAUCAGGGCCUACUGAAGCUAGAGUCGGUGACCCAGUGCCUCUGACCUGCAGUACCGCCCCCUCCAACCCAGCGGCCGAGGUCAAAUGGCUGGUGUCAGGGAAACAUCAUAAAGAGACCACUGAGAAGACGGCUAUUUCACCUGAAGGUGGAUGGAUUACGACAUCUAAUAUAACAGUAACGGUGGAGCCGAAUAGGAGGGCUGUCACUGUAGUCUGUCACGGAAUCAACGCUCAGCUGACUGAGAAUGUAGUCGCUUCGCAUACUAUCAAUGUUCUGUAUCCACCAUCAGCUCCGAUGAUAACUGGGUAUGUGCCUGGAAGUAUCCUCGCUGCCGGCACGGUUCAGAAGCUGUCCUGCAUAUCAUCAGGUGGAAACCCGCUGGCAACUUUGACCUGGUUCAAGAACGAUAAGAAGAUACACUCGCUGACGAAAAGAACGGACAAGUCAGUGUCUGCAGAGAUCUCAAUCCUGACAAACGUGACUGACAAUCAGGCGCAGUACAAAUGCGAAGCGACGAACAGCGCAACAGAAAUACCACUAUCGGAAAAUGUUACCCUCAAUGUGCACUUCGCACCGGAAACGGUUAAAGUUCGCGCCGAACCUGAGGAACUCAAGCCGGGAAUCGAAGCGACACUACACUGUGACGCCGCCUCGAGCAAUCCGCCCGCUGUGCUAUCGUGGUGGCGGGAUGGUAUACCAGUUCAAGGACUUCCAAUGCAAACCAAGCCGGGUCUCCACGGCGGUACAGUCUCCACCAUAGAACUGAAAUUGAACAUAAAGAAGGACAUGAACAACGCUGUUUAUACAUGCCAAGCUAUGAACGAAGCUCUCCAAAGGAGCGUACAUGACGCUUUGACUCUCAAAGUGCUGUACGCACCAGUUUUCGAAGAGAUGAUCCAACCUAUAGUGGGCACGGAGAACGAGCCUCUCAUCAUCGUGAUGAAGGCAGACGGGAAUCCUGGUAGUAUCACGUACACGUGGACUAAAGACGGGGCGCCUAUCCCGCAGUCGUCAUACGGCGGUGCAAAUGACAGAAUAAUAUCCGAAGGCAACAUGUUAAAUGUAACCAAAGUAUCAAGAAAUGAUGCUGGAGUAUACACGUGCGAAGCUGUCAACUCUCAAGGAGCUGCGAUCCACAACGUCACUAUAGCUGUUAAUUAUCCUGCUAGUGUUAAAUCUGUUGAGCAAACGAGUAUCAAAAAUCCCGAUGAAGACGUUGUAUUAUCUUGCAGUGCAACUGGCAAUCCUCUAUCAAAAGAACAUAUUAAAUGGAUCAGAGAAGGAUAUGAUACAGAAUCAAAAACCACUUUUGAUCCUAACACCCUGACCAGUUAUCUAACAGUACCUAAAGCUAAUAAAGACGACGUUGGUAAAUUCAAAUGCGAAGUGUACAACGGUUUAGGCGAUAGAGACAGUAAGGAAGUUAUGUUGGUAGUGAAAUUCAAACCGGCAAUGGAUAAUUCACCGAAAAUAGCGAAAUCAGCGUCAAAUGUAGGCCACGUGGCGCGUUUGAUUUGCAAAUGCAAAGCCGUUCCGGCACCAAGUUUCACUUGGUCCAAAAACGGAAUGAAACUCCCAGUGAAUACUUCAACAAAAUACUUCGCCGAGUACUAUAAAUCUAAUGAUACAAUCACUUAUACUUCAGUUUUGCUGAUAAACGAUGUGACUACAUCUGAUUAUGGUACUUUUGAGUGUGGCGCUAGAAAUGAGUUAGGGUUUAGUACGACUUCGGUUCGAUUGGACGUCACUAGUGCGCCGGAUCAAGUUAUAUCGAUGAGUGUAACGAACGUGACGCACAAUUCUGUGACACUGGAGUGGGCGCCUGGAUUCGACGGAGGUUUGACAUCUUGGUACCGUAUAAGAUAUAGGAAAAUAUACGACGAAGCGUACCGUUACGAAGAUGUUAUACCAAGAGAUGCGACCACGUUUACUAUUACGAAUCUAGAGAAGAAUACAGACUAUGUUUUCUCCGUCAUGGCUAUAAACAAAAUUGGACAGAGCAAAUAUCGGCCUGACGACACGAAGGCUACAACAUUGAACGCACCUACGUCGGAGGUGGGAGAACUGAAUGUAGUUCCAACAGAACUAGUUGAAACAGCCGACGUUUCUCGCCCUGUGAUUGUGUACGUGUCAAUAACUAGCAUCGUAUUGAUUUUGGUUAACGCCGCUUUGGUAGCCUGUUUUGUUUUUAAGAGACGCUCGAGAAGGCUGAAAGAACAAGCGGGCCAGUCUUCCAAAUCGGCCACGAUUGAAAUGUACGCGCCCUCGUCAUACAACGACACCAUGACCGGAGAGACCCUCAGUUCAGUCUCUGAGAAGUCCGAAACUUACUCACAGGACGACGGGGAUGAUAGGCCUCCGCCCCCGAUACCUGAAGUGCCCAGCAUGGCUAAUAGGCAUAUGUUAAGUCAGCAAACCGAGACCUACCUCAUUGACGAGCAGGGCAUGGUAAUGCCCCCUCCCCUCGACUAUCCGCCGCCAAACUACGCUGUUUACGAGGGUGGUGACCACGCAAGAACGUUGCCGCACCCACACAGACAUAAAGAUAUUUCUGGACACAACACGUUGGGAAGGAGCGCUGGUAAACAAAACUAUGCGCCGGCGCCGAGCCCGAUGCCUCCUCUAGACGGUUCCUACUACAACAUGUCAUCAGACCGCUACCUAUCCUACCCGCCGAUCAUCUCAGAGUAUUUGCAUCAACAGCAAACCGGCCGCACUCCGACUCCCCCGCAGCAAUAUGGCGCCCAGCCCCUGGUCAAACCUCACCUCAUGAACGGGGGGGUCGCGGGAGGAUCACCAUCACAUGUAGCCAGCCCCCCGCUGAACUACGGAAUGGAUGGUAUGGAUAGGCAGUCUGCAGGAGGUACAUUGAGGCGUCAAAGGCUAGACAAGAUGGCGGUCCCACCGCCGGAUGUAACAGUUUUACAUCAGGGUAAUUGUCAACAGCACCUACCACAAACGCCAUCCGUGAAACAGCCGCAAUCCAUCCUCAAAGACCCUUCACGGCACAAAUACAACCAAUACGGUAGUCCAGUCUCCUCCAGUACUCCUCAAAGUAACUCGAGCCAAAUCCUGACAGUCCAGAAUCUUCCCAACGACAUCCCACAAUACGGGACUAUAAGGAAAGACAAGAAACAAAACGUAACAAUAGAUGAAUCAUUCAACAAGCGAAACGAAACGCACGUAGUGUAAAAAGACAGUCAUUAGAUAGAUAUGAAAUUGACUUAAUGUGAUAUGGUGUAGUUAGUGAAGUGACAUUGAAACUAAAUAGUGAUUAAAGUGAAGACAAUCGACUUGUGAGUGAUGGUAAAAGUGUUGUAACUUAUAGUGAAGGUAACUAAAUUAGAGGAAUGAUAAUGGAAACAAAUGAAGACUUACUUUCUGUUCAUUUUUUUGUUGAGGUACGUGAACAGUUUAUCUCUGGUGUUCGAUUCUCGGUCAGGUCAUGGUGUCUGAUCGGCCAAUCCUUCCGAAUGAUUCACAAUUAUUUUUUUCAAGUGAUAUGAUGCUUAUAAAUGAUAAGUACCUUUAUAAUUUUAUGAAAAGCUCAAUUUGUGUGGUUUUUCUAAUAAUUAUUUGCGAAUACAGAUCGAAUUAAUUUUAAUUAUCAACAUUUCAUGAUUUAAUUAUGUCAAACACUCAAUUGACAAGUUUGAUAAUAAUCUGUAUAGUAAAAUUAUCAAGUUUCUAACGUUUUCAAAUAGACUAUAGAAUUCAUAAACCCACUAAACAGGUUCGUGUAAAAUCGAUGUAACAUCUCCAUUCAGACGUAAAACAGACGAGGUUAUGAGAGUUCAAAAUACAAAUUCAGCUAGAAUUGUUGCGACGCCGACUAUUUUGAUAUUGAAUUGUUUAUCGACAAUUUCUGAGUUAUGUUUAUCGAAUUCGAAUAAUGAAUUCCAGUCGAUUUGAGAUUGAGAACAUAAUUUUGAGACAAUCAAAAGCUGUAAGUCCGUUUGUUAAGUGUCACAAAGAAGGUUAUUAAUCACGUGAUCGAUUCGGCCAAUAGCAUUGUACUAUAGAUGCAAUAGACAAUUUGAUUGGCGGAAUUGAAGUCACGUGGUUUGUGGUUGAUCUUGUUUUAAAUAUAACUGGCUAUGGAAGGAAUCAUAAUGGAUUUCCUUAUUAUAAUUGUAUUACAGUGUGUGUACAUAUAAAAUAUGUGUGUUGUUAUGUCAGUGAAUGCGUACACGCAACUAAAAGGGCCUAACUGGCCACAAGUCAUAGUACUUAGACUAUACUAAGCCUAAGUAGCUAAGGCCAAGGUUGUCUAAACGACUGAAUUAUCGUAUAGGUUAUAACGUCCAAAAAGACACUAGGAAAAUACAUUUUUAAUUGUCCAAAUGUAAUAAAAUCAUUUUAGGUAUAGUUAAAUUUAUUAAUAUAAUUUUCUUCUAAAUCGAUUCCAGAACGGAUCUCUUUUAAUUAAGUUUUUAAUGGAAAUUAUGAAAUUUCAAUUAUAUUGGGUGAUUAUAAAUGUGCCCUGUGGUUAUAGAGACGAUUGUUUUGUAAAGUCCAAGUUGAAAUGCAUUUAUUGUUAAUAUAAAUAUUGUUUUCAACAAACACGAUUGUUAAAGGCGUGCCAAAGUUUUUCUUACUAAAAACUUUAUACUAUAUUUCUUAGAAAGUUCUAUAUUGGUGAGUCGAGUUUUUUUGAGGUGAGCGGCCAAAGGGAGGGAUGAACUGAAGUAAUUUGCAAAACUGUCGGUAUUUAUACUAUUCAUUGCAUCAAAUACAAAUACGUUAUUUGAUAUAAAUGCGGUACAAUUAUAGGUGUUACAAAGCAUAUACAUUUCGCGCAUUUAACCAGUCAUGGCAUGCAAAAAUACAAAAAAAUUUAAUUAUCUCUUUAUUUAAAAAUUAAAAGUUAUUUUUUAAGCGAUUAAAAAUUCAUUGAUGGUUUUUUUAAUGGAAUUAUUUCAGGAUUGACAAAUUAAAAUUUUUCAAGAAAUCUGAAUUACUACGUCAAGAAGAUUACGAUUUAUAGUGUUUUUUUAAAGGUUGUUGUUAAUGUUAUCGAUAAUUUGACGCCACAACACUAUUUCUCCGCCCCUUGCUCGCUAGCUUCACUCGACUUAUCCUGUUUACCUAUAAUCAAAUUGUUCCAUUUUUGUAUUACACUCUUCUUUGUUAUUCUUAUUUUAUAUUCCUUGCGCAAAAAGACUUGGUCAUACUGGAAGCUUACACACUUUUAAAAUACAUGUUUAAAUUCUUUUUUAAGGUAUUAAUAUA